CCGCUCUCCUCGGUUUCCUCGAGCAGCCCGACCGCCAUGCAGCGAGGCAGGGUGCGGGCGGCGCUGGUGUGCGCGGCGCUGCUGCUGCUGCUCCCGCUCCGCCCGGAGGCCCUCAGGGCGCCCAAGCGACCGCCGCGGACCCGGACCUGUGGCGAGCGGCCCGAGGAGCUGCUGGAGCAGCUGUACGGGCGUCUGGCGGCGGGAAUGCUCAGCGCCUUCCACCACACGCUGCAGCCCGAGCCGCCGGGCCGCCAGCACAACGCCAGCUGCCCAGCCGGGGGCCGGCCGGCCACCGACAAGAGGUUCCGGCUCCCCGUCAACCUGCGCAGCGCCUCGCCGUGGGCCUACAGAAUUUCAUACGAUCCCACAAGGUAUCCUAAAUACAUUCCUGAAGCAUACUGUCUGUGCAAGGGCUGCCUCAUGGGGGUCUUUGGUGAGGAGAGCUUCCAGUUCCGCAGCACCCCGGUGUACAUGCCCACCGUCAUCCUGCGCCGCAGCUCCUCCUGUGCCGGCGGGCGUUACGUCUACACGGAAGAUUAUGUCACUAUCCCAGUGGGCUGCACUUGUGUACCCGAGCAAGAAAAAGAGUCUGAAAGUGUGAAUUCCAGCAUAGAUAAGCAAGAAAUGAAGUUGCUGGUAAGCCAGAACAAGCCUUCGUCAGAAUGAGGAGUCGCGUUACAAUUGUGGCUUCACAUCAUCACCUGAAGACCUCAGGAGACUGUGCCACAGCAACAAACACAUGGACUUACCCUUGUUUCUACCCAGUUAUUUCAGCUAUCAGAUGGUAAGGUUUCUUUUCCAGUCGCUCAGAUCGUUAGAGGCGACAGUUCAUAUUAAGAACUACUUUAGUUUGUGUAAGUAUUUGUUGCAAAUUCCAGUGUAGCUUUUUUUUGCUGUUCUUGGAGCAGAACAUUUUAUCCUUGCUUAUUCACAGUAAGUUUUAGAAAAUGAUAUAACUGUAAGACAUGCUAGCUAUUACUGGUUGUAGAUAUUUUUAAGGAAUCUUUUAUACUCUACUUUUAAAUAGUCAUAUA